UUUUCUAUUAGCUGUAUAAACAACAAAACGAAGAAAUACUUCAUAAUUUGAAAAUGAAUAUUGAGGACUAAUUGAUUCCUCCUUAAUAUCCCUCAACUUUCUAAUUAUUAUAGCACUUGAUUUAUUGGGAUUAAUCCCUCCAAAUCCUGUUACGGAUUAAUUUCCCAUAUUGCAUGUGGGGCUUUCUCUAUCAGACAGGUGCACAAUCUGAGAUCUUGGAAAAUAAGCCGAGUGGUUUAACACAAUGAUAAGAAAUGAUAAGAUCAAUGACACUGUCCUGAGCUGAGCAGAGUGUUCCGUCUCUGUUCUCACCCAAGCUGGACUUCAUUUAGGCACCAUGGACAGCAACAGCAUGCCGUGGAGCUCCGGCUCUUAUCCUCCAUCCAUCGACUCCGAGGUGGUGACGGUGGCGCCGACCAUCUUCCCUCGUGUGGGCUACAGUAUACUUUCUUUCCUCAUGUUCAUCAACACAGUGUUAUCAGUUUUUAACAAUGGUCUCGUCAUAACCGUGAUGCUGAGGAAUCCGUCUCUCCUUCAGCCUAUGAACAUUUUUAUCCUCAGCCUCGCUGUGUCUGACCUCAUGAUAGGCCUGUGUGGCUCCUUGGUCGUCACCAUCACUAACUAUCAUGGCUCUUACUUUAUUGGCCACACAGCCUGUAUUUUUCAAGGAUUUGCAGUCAAUUAUUUUGGUCUGGUGUCUCUCUGCACUCUGACUCUGCUUUCCUACGAGCGGUACAACGUGGUGUGUAAGCCAAAAGCUGGUCUAAAGCUGAGCAUACGGAGAAGUAUCAUGGGGCUGCUAUUUGUCUGGAUCUUCUGCUUGUUUUGGGCUGUGACUCCAUUAUUAGGAUGGAGCUCCUACGGACCUGAGGGAAUCCAGACCUCCUGCUCUCUGGCCUGGGAGGAGAGAUCGUGGAGCAACUACAGCUAUCUCAUCCUCUACACACUCCUCUGCUUCAUUUUCCCUGUUACAGUCAUCAUCUACUGCUACUCCAAAGUCCUUACAUCCAUGAAUAAACUGAACAGGAGCGUGGAGCUCCAGGGUGGGCGUUCCAGCCAGAAGGAGAAUGAUCAUGCCACCAGUAUGGUCCUGGCCAUGAUCAUAGCUUAUUUGGUUUGCUGGCUGCCCUACACGGCAUUGUCAGUGGUGGUAGUUGUGGAUCCGGAGCUCUACAUCCCUCCACUGGUCUCCACUAUGCCCAUGUACUUUGCCAAGACCAGCCCUGUCUAUAACCCCAUCAUCUACUUCCUUUCCAACAAGCAGUUACGCGAUGCCGCUCUGGAGGUGCUGUCCUGUGGCCGCUACAUUCCCCACGUUCCCACCAGCGUCAGCCUCAACAUGCGCUCCUUGAACAGCAGGAGCCGGCUGAUUUCCUUAAACAGGAACGUCAACACGCACAGCAAGGUGUUGCCUCUGUGACUUUCUCCAGCAAAAACAAGAAGCUGCCAUGGUUGUUUAUUGGUGCCUCAUCAAGGACACAGACCUGCACAUCCACAGGCCCAUGUCUCUCAGAGAGGUCUUUACUGUAGCCCAGUGAGAACAGAAUUGGCUCAGAGACUGAUAGCUGAUAUUCAGAAGGUGGAUAAAAUAAGUGGAAAAGCUUAUGACACAUAGUAAUGCAAUACAAAACAAUACAAGAACAUGUGCUUAUUUUUUUCACUUAUUUGUUAUAAUUGUGUGAGAGAUGAGUUGAUUAAUCUCUUUGCGAGACUAGUUUGUUUUGGCAUUUUAUUGAAUUGCAUUAUAUUGCAAGGUGUUCCUGUAGUUAUUGUCCAAUCCAUUUUACUAGAACAAUAAGAGUACUUAGUAAGAUGUUUUUCUUUAUGUGAUUUGUUUAGAUCAAUAAACUGUUACCUUUUUCAUAUUGGUGUUUGCAGGUGUGUACUGUAUGCAUGUGGGAAACUAGCCAAAAAGAAAGGAGAUCUUAAAAGGAGAGAAAACACUGAUUGGAAUGAAUGUUUUUGUAAUUUUCCAUUUGUAUGCAUUUUUAACAAGACUAGGCUAGUCAAAUAUAGCCAGGCUGCGGAAGAGACUGUAAUGAAACCUUUGACCCCUGAAUUUUUGUUCAUAAAUAAAAUGGUCUGGACCUGUU